AUGGAGAGACAACAGAACUCACAACUGGAGAACGAUGUUUCUCAAAUGUUCAACCAAACCGGUAAGCACACUUACCACAUCUUUGAGGCCAAUGAGCUCCUAAACAGCUACAGUAUGAAGGAACUCAACCGUCUCGUUCAUGGCCCCAAUAUCCACGCGCUAAACUGGACCACGGCCGUAACAAACGUCCGCACAGGUGCUUCAACCACCGUUCGUCAUCACUGCAGCCAAGGCGUUAACCACGCACGAACCGCCGAAUGCUAUGGUGACCUGAUGCACCAAAGCUAUUGUCCCUGUUGGGAAUAUAGCGAAUCUAACGGGUGGUACCGCUGUGGCCUGCAGCAAAUGGUCAUGUCGACCGCGUGCAAAAAGCACCGAGACGAUGAGAUGCGCAAGGUAUUCGACAAGCUGCGAAAGGGCUAUUCUGUAUACGGAUGGGAGCUAAACAGACCAGGCAGCGAGGAAUCAACCAAGUGUUCCGAGUCGAAAAUAGAAGCGAUUGUAGAGGCGUCCAAGGCGGAAGAAGAAGAAAUUGAGAAGCAGCUGAAGGAGUGUGGGGAGGUGGAUGAAAAUGUUUUUGUAUAUGCACAGAUGAAGAAAAGGGAAGGAGAAAAGAGAAAGGAAAGAAUGUGGCAGAGGAAGGAUGAGAAAGAGAGGGCACGGCUGGGGAAGUAA